GUGUUUGCCAGAGCACCGAGAGGAGGGGACGGAGAGAGUCACAAGCACAGAUUCUUAGAAACUGAAAAAAUAUAUCCAAAGAAACCCCCGCUAGAAUGGACAUUUCGCCCGCCAAGGUUCUCUCAUCCCUCGGGAGUAACCAAGACGAGAAAGAAGGAAGAAGAGAAAACAAAGAUGAUAAUUAUCAAGAGAUCGAUGUAGGUGCAACAGAAGGGAUGCAGAGGGCCGAGGAAGCGGCGCCCACGAAGGCCAAGGCUGAGGAAGGCCGCCGGACCUGCGAGUGCUGGCGCGCGCGAGACAGCCUUGCCCUCGCGGGGUUCGUGGCCUUCGCCGUGACGUCAUGCAUGCGCGUCAACCUCUCCGUCGCCAUCGUCGCCAUGGUCGCGGCGACGGAGGACGGAGCGCAGUGGAACGCGUCGGCCCCGCCCCCGCCCCCCCAGCCCGGCGGCGUCCUAGCGUGGGACGAGCCGACUCAGGGCCUUCUCCUCGGCAGCUACUUCUACGGGUACAUCGUGACCAACAUCGCGGGCGGACGGGCGGCCGAGCGACUGGGCGGGCGCAAGGUGUUCGGUCUGGGCAUCCUGCUGAGUGCCAUCCUGACCCUCCUGUCGCCCAUCAGUGCCACGACCUCGACGGCACUCUUCGUCGCCGUCAGGAUGCUCAUCGGGGCGGCGUCGGGUGUGGUUUUCCCAGCCAUGAAUGCCCUUCUUUCGGUCUGGAUCCCGCCUUCAGACAGAGCCAAGUUCUCCACCAUUGUCUUCGCUGGUCUAGACUUCGGCAAGAUGGUAGGCCUUCCCCUCACCGGCUGGCUCUGCGCAUCCGGGACCUUCGGCGGCUGGCCUCUCGUUUUCUAUGUCUUCGGCGGCGUCGGUCUCGUCUGCGCCUCCUUCUGGCUCCUGAUGGUGAGCGACUGCCCGGAGGCGCACCCUCGGAUAUCGCAGGAGGAGAAGGACUACAUUGUGCGCCAUUGCGGCAAAAAGAGCGGGAGGACCGGCCCUUUUCCAUGGAGGGCAAUGAUGACGUCACUGCCUGUUUGGUCGCUUAUAAUAGUACACGUCGGCCACAACUGGGGGAGUUACACACUCAUCACGCAGCUGCCAACCUACCUCAAGAACAUUUACCAUUUUGACAUAGAGAGUAACGGCCUGCUCUCAGCCCUACCGUACUUAACCAUGUGGAUCUUCAGCAUGGUUUACAGCGGUUUCAUGCACACAAUAUCCCACAGGAUCUCCGUCCUCAGUGUCAGAAGGAUCUCGAUGGCCAUAGCUGCCUACGGGCCAAUGUUCGGUCUGCUGACCCUGUGCGUUGCCGACCUCAGCAGCACCAUGGCAGUCGUAGUCUUAUGCGUUGCUGUUGGCAUCAGCGGCGCCAUGUACUCGGGCUACAUGUGCUCGCACCAAGACCUGGCACCGAAUUUCGCAGGGACGCUCUUCGGCAUCACGAACACGCUGGCUAAUAUCCCUGGCUUCGCUGCGCCUCAGCUGACGGGCGUUAUAACAGAGGGGAACCAAACCGUGAGCGCCUGGAGGACCGUGUUCCUCAUCUCCUCCGCCGUCUACUUCGUCACAGGGACAGUCUACCUCCUGUUCAUCAGCGCCGAGAAACAGCCUUGGAACGAGUAUUCUCCCUCGGCGAAAAAGGAAGAAAAGGUGGUGGUGACGGAGGGGGGCGACGAAAAAACCUGAACAUCGGACAACUGAUUUCCUUCUUUUCCUCGUUACUUCUUUCCCUUUUCUUCUUCGUUUCAGUCACUUUCUCUUUUUUUUUCCUCUUCUUAUUUUCUACCUUUUCAUUUUC